AUGUCCGGUGGCAAUGCGGAGCUGCUCGAGGUUCAAGAGAAGCUCAAGGCCCUCAAUGCCGACUAUGACAAGCUCAACGACGAGUGGACAGGCAGGCUGGCCGCUCAGAAUGAUGAGUUUCAACGCGAGAAACACGACCUCCUUCAAGACUCCUCAGCAAGGCUUCAAGCGGCGAAGGAGCAUGCCGACGCCAAGAAUGCGGAAAUUGUUUCGGAGCUCGACAAGUUUCGGAGGGCAUUCACGGGUGAUCCGCUGGGGUGGGCGGCGGCAACCGAUGAGCAGGGCAAGCCGUACUACUACAACUCGGAGACCGGGGAAUCGGACUACGACAAGCCGCGCAUUCUAGAGAUUGCGGAAGUUAUGAACAACAUCGACUCCCUCGACGAGGGCAAGAAGAAGCAAGAAAAGGCCAUUAAGAAGGGAAAAGAGGCCGAGCUCCAAGCUCGAAAGCUCGAGGUGUCCCUCAAUGAAAUCAGGGGUGAGGCGGCGGCACUGCGGAAGACGAAGAAGGAAUGGGAGGCGUGCGGCACGACCGUUACCUCUCUUUGCGAGAUGAUGUCUGCCGCAAUGGAUGAAACUGAUUCUCGCGUCACAAAGGUGGAAGAGGGGGUACGGGUGGUCACUAAAGCCAACGAAGCGGUGAAGGUUGCGACGAAGAAAAUCGAACAGCAAAACCGAGAACUGUUUGAACGAGGCCUCAGGAUAGAACAACUGACGCGAGAUCUGGCGACGGCAGGCGUGGAAGUUGAACAAACCCGAGACAGGGCGAACAAACUGGAAGAGAGGUUCACUCAGGCUGUUGAAGAACGCGUGGAUGAGGUGAAGCUUCCCUUGGAAGACGAGCUGGCGGCCGCAUACGCUGGGCGUCAAGAGGAAAAGGCCCUUCGAGAGUCCGACCGACGAUACCUCGCCAAUUUAUGGCCAGAGGGUUGGCUCGUACCCUCCAUUCUGAGGCGAUUCCGCACGAUGACGCCGGAAGAAAGAGCCCAACAAACUCUCAAGAUGGAAGAGCUGGAGGCAGAGAGAGACCUGGUAGAGGCCAUCCGAGCUGGAGUUGCGGCAGCAGCGAAGUGGGAGACGAAAGUUGAUGACUACGGUCGAACAUACUACGCAAACUGGGAGUCGGGGGAGGCGGUGUACGACCCGCCGCCGGAGAUGAAGUACAGGCCCCCGCUCGGAAGGAACGAGCUAGGGGAAAAGGUGGACCCGAGGCUUCAGGCCCUCAGAGAGUGGGAACAAGGCACUGAUGGAUGGGGCAAGCCGUUCUGGCAGAACUCUCGCAGCGGGGAUGUGGUUCAAACGGAACCCAAGGGCUGGAGCGAAGCCAUGGGGCUUGGAGAGCACGAGCUAGAGGGCUGGGAGGGCCCCACCCAAGACGAGGUUUCGAGGGAUGUGGCUGUAGAGGCUGCCCGGGUGGUUAUCACGUGGCUUAACAAAGCCAAGGAAGCAGAAGAAAAACGGACACGAAAGGCGGACGAGCCGUUGACUCUUGAGGAUGGGAGUGGCGAGGCCAACGAUGAGAGCAGUGAUGAAGACGACGAAGAUCAAGACGAGUUCGUGUACGAUAUCCAGAGCGUGGAGGAGCUUGCCAUGGGAGGCGAAGGCUGGUGCUACCAAGGGCCGGCUAAUUCUUCAAAUGAGGAAGAAGGCAUUGAGACCAACGCGGCUGUCCAGAAGGAUAAGAGAGACAGUUGGGAGGGAGCACCCGCAGAUGUUGCAGAGAUCAGAAGUAUCAUCGUUCGGCUCGCGAGACGAGAAAACAGGUUUGAAAGGAGGCUAAAGUUGGUCCGACGCAACCUCGAAGACUUGGCCCACGACCUCCUGGCCGCGAAACGAUUGGAAGAGUUGGAAGUGCACGACUUCGCCCUUGGACUAGGAGCGUCGGGGGAGGGAACCGCAAGGAGCCAAGACGUAGAAGGAAACGUGACCGCACCAACGGUGGUAGCAGGAAACACUAAAGAACUAGCAGAUGCCGGUGCAGUACAAGGAGUUGACGAGAGCCCAGGAGGUGGUAACACGACGUUGUCGUCGACGAACGUAGUCUCAGCGGAUAUCGCGACAGCUGUGACGAACGCAGCUGAUGCCCGUGACACUUCAGGCGAUGGUGGGGUUUAUGAGGAGGUCAAGAAGGAAAGGACGACCGACGACGCAGCAAUCGGGUCGGCGGUAGGAGGUGAGCAGACCAACGAAGAUGACAUGGUCAUUGCCGCUGCUGGUGCCGCUUCAUCUAACGGUGGAGAUCCUGCCACAGCGGCAACAGAACCAGCAGGAAGUAGCCCCCGCACCGCCUCGUCCAGCGGAGAAGGGGAUCGAGCACUUGAAACAGCGGCCGAACAGGCCACCACGCAAGCUGCAGGGGAGGCAGCUGCCGAACCCGCCAGCGGCGGCUCUCGCGGAAGCAACCGAACCGACCACGAAGGGUCCGCAGAGGAGCAGCUACAGGAGGGGGGGAGUAGCGGCGCCGUUUCAUGCGCAGCUUUUCACGCGCUGGCAGCGGAGGCGGUUUGGGCAGGCCUUAACGGUUCGAACCACGUACAAAAACCACCACAAAGCGUUUGGGACCCUAGAGGGGGCGACCGCUGGGGCACUGCCGCGUUCUUCGCCGAGCAGAUAGGGAAGCGGGAAGAAGAGGUGGCUCCGGGGUUACCGCGACGAACGAAAACGCGGAUACCCCGGGUCGACCACGACAACGGCGACGGCAGUGGCAGUGGGAGUGAUGGAGGUGGUGGCAGCGUUGGCGAUUGUAGCGGUGACUAUCCACUAUCUGGGAGCUCAUCCAGGCAUGCCGCAGCCCGGGCUUUAUGCAUGGGGGCUAUGAGCUCGAGGCGAGGCUUUCUUCAGCAGGCAGCUGAAGCGGCGGCUCAAGAGGCACGACAGCGGUUGAACAAGGUUGUUGAGGUAUCGGCGGCCACGAACCCCAUUUCGCUAGGAGCAAGCGCACGCACAGAAAGCGACGGCAGUGCUGAUCUCUACGACGAGACUGGUGCCAGCGGAAUGAUCGUUGGACGGGGAGGCAGCGGGUGCCUGACUAAAGCUGAGGACUGCGACGACGAAACACAAGACGAGCCUGUGAUACAGUCCGCCGUCAUGCUCCGGUUUGGUGCAGAAAUUCCCUCGUUAGUGGCGGCAGGAAAAUGCGGAAGGGCCGUUCAGUUUUCUAUCCCUGACGACUGGAAUAACCAGGAGGCUCAAGAAAAGCAACACGCAGGGCAAAUGGCGCGGCGCAAGGAGACGAUGGAGAUGUUGCGCCAGCGAGAUGAGGCCCCUCUUGCCAGACCGAGAGGAUACGACCCCAACAGCGUCCAAGCAGACACGGCAAGUUCCAGAAAUGGCGUGGAAAGAUUUGGUCGAAGCGGAGGAGAUGGCGCUCGCGGGCCUAGCAUUCGAUGCUUCACGGCAACAGGCCGUGGCGGAGAUUUCGACCACGGUGAACCAAUCGUGCUACCCGAGGGGAAGACCAUGUCGUCGAAACAGCUGCAACAGAUCACGACGGUGAUCAGCCAGCGACAAGCAGAGGUGGUGAUUUUGCUCGAGGAAGAAACGCUCAGGUACAACGAUGCCAUGGGUGUGUACGAGUACAAUCACCGCGAGUGGGAGCGGCUUGAGGUGGAGCGGAAAGAGCGGCUGUCUGUCACAUGCCACCAGUCAAGACUAGACCACUUGAAUCUCGAUUCCCUGGCUGCACUUACAAGUGGACCCGGGGUCUCUGCAGGCAGCCGUGUCAGCUCCACCCCAGAUCCCCCUGGUACUAUUGCCAUCCGCCCGUACAAGGGUCACCCACGUGAGAUCCGAGUCGCCCGUUUUCUCUCUACUGCCGUCAAGAUCCCACACGGAACACCUGAAGCUUUUGACCUUGGAGGCUUCUGCGGACCAAGACAUAGCGCUACAGUCGCAAGAAGCAAAGCGGAGGCAACCUUGGCCAAGGAAAUUGCCGAGGAGGCCCGGGCGCACGAGUGGUUGCUACGUUUACAGGUGGAGCUACCAGAUGCGCUUAGAGACAAGGAAGCACUGGAGAGGCUGCCGGAUGCGGCGCUCAACCGGCUGGAUACGCUGCGGUGGGAAGAGCGACGAGCAGGCAGGAUGAUCGAAUGCCGAAGGCGCGUGGCCGAGCUCCGAGAGAGUCUUGUGGAAGAGGGUAGACGUCGGCGGCAGCUUUACGAAGAGAGAAAGUGGGUCGUGCAAUCCGAGUUCCGGAGGUUGCUGGCAGAGAGGGCCGCGGUGGGGGAGAAGGAGGGCAUGAUAAGGCUUCUCGUGAAGGUCGGACACGCGACGCUCGUCGCCCAAAGAUCCACAUUUGAGGCCAGGAAGAAAGAGGCGGCAGAAGACAAGGACGGGGUCGGGACAGAAGGAACGGUUUCUCCGGGAGACGUGUAUUCUGCCCACAGAGACUGGGUCAGCGAGGAAUUCCAGGAGGCCGCAAAGGAACAGAAACGCUGGGAAGACAAACUAGCAGAGAUGGUGCGGAUUCGGGAGCUGGCCCGAAGGCGCGAGACCACCGUGGGCGAGCUUGUACAAGGUGCUGCCAGGGGAGCACUUCCCGCACCCCAUCCAGACCAAUGGCUGCCAAAGGCGGAGAAGCAACGGCACGAAGAUGAGGUGCGUCUCCUACUCGGAAGGCACGCACGGGAGCUACGCGUGGAGCAAGAGGCCGUGGAAUCAUCGUGCGUGAGAGUCCGCGAGGCCGCCCGCGACGUCGCCAUCCUCAAGGCCAAGCUAGGGGCGAUUGAGGGCUGGAGAGACCACGAGAUACUGACCUUGAGGACCGCCGGGAGGGAAGCUGUCGACAGCCUGAAGGGCCUUCUGGAGAAACAACGGAAAGAGUCUGCCGCUCGCAUUGACAAGCUAGAGCAGGCUCUGUCCGAGCUCCGCAAGGAGUACAACGAGGUUCGUGCGGAGCUGACCGCCCGUAUCGAGCAGCUGAACCGCGGGCGUUCCAACACGGAGGCGUGGGUAAAGGCUCUGAGGCACGACCUUGCUCAGGAACGAGCUAAGAGGGAGGCCGCAGAAGACCGCCUGGCGAUCGUGAAGGACCGCGCGAGGGUGCUUUCCGAGAAACUACGAACGGAGCUGCGGGCAGAGAGGAUGCAUUCGCUGCGGCUGGAGCUUUGGAUCGCAGCAUUGCACGAUGAGAUUCGCUUCCACAUCAAAACCCAAGAAGAAAUGAGGCGGCUCCAGGCGCUGGAAAGGAUUGAACACGAGCGACAAAAGCGGGAGGAGAGACACAAGGUGUGGCGACAUCGCACGGCCAUCCGCCUCCUAUGCACGAGCGUGGACGGCCUGUUCCUCUUCUUCGCGCAGCGACUGGCCAACCUGGCUGGGUCUCGACGGACACACAACGACGCCUUACGCGCUAACGGUGCUGUGGAGGUGCUUGCUGCCGUCUGCCGCGGUCCUCGCAAGGAUCUUCGACGGCUCGCCGCAAGAGCAUUGGGAGCCCUCGGUUGGAACGGCCACACCGAGGCGCGUGUCUUGGCGUGGGACAUUUACCGCCACUGGGACCUCUGGGUGCAAUCAUGCUGCCCGGCCGAGGAGGCACGGCUGCUGGAGAGGGGGCGGACCUUCGACGGACCCGAGGAGUUCAGGCAUGCCGAUCAGAUAUCAGCGCCCCCUUCUCCAUCCCCUGCUUCUGCCUGGCACGAACAAGCCAGCAGAAGCCCCAACAGCCCACCGCUCCUUUCCAAGCAGAGGGGGCCGGGAAAGGCAACCAAAGAAUAUUUCUCGCGUUCAAUCGAGGACGACCUUGCCGACAAUUCUGCUGUCGACGAGUCUGGACAGAGGGCGUCGUCAUCAGGAGAUGGACAGGGUGGUCAACUUGUCACCGAGGCGACGGCGACGGCGACGGCGACGCCGGAAGCCGGCCGCCUUGGUGGCGUGGGAGAGGAUGAGAACCAGGAACACGGCAGCGCUGAGAAAAAUGAAGGAGAACGAGUGGAGGAAGAGGAAGAAGAAUUCAGGCCAAGAGCGGCAAUGAGCGCAAGAGCCGUUGUGCGUGAGCGCCGCCAGUGGGCCCUCAGGCGGGCUAGGAGGCAAGAAGGGCCAAACGAGGCCAAUCAACUCGAACUCGGCGGGUGGUCGCCGGCUGGAACCGGUGUCCCCGAGGCGUGGGUGGACACAGUGGUGAAGGUAGCGGGUGUCGGAAGGAGAGGCGCCAGGGGAGGAGGAGGAGGAGGAGGAGGAGGAGGAGACGACAUUGUGGCUGAAGGCAGCGGUCGGGGAGGAGGAGGAGGCGCUGUGGCAUUGCUGACUCGCCUAUGCAGAGAGAGAGACGACUGGGAGGUCGUUCGGGCCGCCGCUUCGGCCCUAAGCGUGGCGGCAUACCACGAGGACAACGCCGACCGCAUGGGCAAGGCGGCGCCGGACCUCAUCCCGGUCUUGGUGAGCUUGCUGCCCCACCCGGACCCCGAGGUGCAGACGCACGCCGCCACCGCCCUCGCCAACCUGGCGUUCGGCUCUCCGUCGUACCAGUCGGAGGCGGGGGAGGCUGGGGCCGUGGAAGCGCUGCUCGACGUCUGUCGCGGGAGGGCUGGCGUGGAUGCGGGCGAUGUUGGCCAUCGUGGCGGGACGAGUGGGGGUGGUACGCCGCUCGUUGCUUCUGGCAUUGACAAGGAUGGAGUUGACGAUAAGGCGGAGGGAGGGGGCGGUAAUCGAGGAAGAAGUGGAGGAGGGAGAUCUACACCAAGCAAUAUAACUACUAAUGGGCGAGGACGCUCUGAAUCUGGAGAAGACGAGGCCGGGGGCGUUCGCGGCGAGGUCCAGCGGGUGGGUAGGACCAAGAAGGAAGGGGAACCGUCGAACAAGAGAGACCAGGGAGCUACAGCAGAGUGCGGAGAACAGGAAGAACACAUGUCUUCGACGGAUGAAGCGAACGCUGAGAAGGCGGAGACUCGCGACGUUGGUGCGGAGCGCGCGACUAAAGUAGGUUGUGAGGGAAACAAGGGUUUCAUUGUGACACGGCGGCAGGACGAAGAGGAGGGUGGCGUCGAGGACGAGGGGGGUGAGGAGGGCGGAGCGGCGGCGACGAUGGACGUCGACGCGGUGCAAGCGGCGACCGCGGCCCUGGCUAACCUGCUCUGCUACAGCGAGGCCAACGCCGUGAGGCUUGUAGCCGCCGGUGGGAUAGGCGUUCUGGUGGGGUUGGUGUCGUCGUACAAACCGCACAACCUUCUUGACUUCGACCAGGCGGAGGAAAUCCAGGCUAACGCAGCCGAAGCCCUGGUCAACGCCACCCGUAACCACGGGGAUGAGGUCACAGUGAGGAUACACUCUUUAGGCAUCAGCCCCUUGGUUCUCAUGUGUGGAUCUCACAACUUGCAGGUGCAACGACAUGCCGCCCUGGUGAUCGGAAACGUGUGCCAGACAGACGUUCACCGUGCAACAGCGGGCGACGAGGGUGCGGCAGAGGCCCUUUUUGCCCUGUGCGACACCAAUGACGACGUAGUCCGCGCGAAUGCCCUCUGGGCUCUUGGAAACCUGGCAUGGGACCCUCACAAUCAGGAACGCAUCGGCCGCUACAUCUCGCAGCUGUUGGCUCUUGCGUCUUCCUCGUGGCUUCCCAUUCGAACAAACGCGCUCAUCUGUCUCGGAAAUUCUCUGUUCUUCCACGAGGCCAAUCGACGUCGAUUGGAGGCGAUCGACGAGGCGGUAUUGACGCUGCUUGGGUAUUGCGAUCACGAUCACCCCGCCCCAGUCCAGGAGGCCGCACUUCGUUGUUUGGUGUCUCUCACGUACGUCGAUCGCAUCGUGGCGCCGUUGGUCGACGCCGGUUGCAUCGCUCUCUUUGUGUCGAGCCUGGCGCCUUCCGUUCCCACCGCCGUGCGCCACCCGGCCGCCCUGGCGCUGCUGAACGUCUCCGUCCACGACCUCUACAAGUCACGCGUGGCGGAAGCAGGGGGGGUGGAGGCGGCGGUGGCUCUGCUGGGCUCGGAUAACCCGGAGGUAUCGCAAAACCCCAGCAAGCAGCGAAGCCUGGGCGAAAGCGGCGGAUUGGCGGUGCUCCUGGGGAUGUGCGACCACAACACCGAAGCACCGCUGCUGGUACCCGUGUUGUGGGGCCUGAGAAACUGCUUGCACGGCAACGACGCCAACAAGAAUCGGUUCGUUCGGGCCGGCGGACUGGAGGCGCUUGUCCAGCUGUGCCACUCCUCCCGCUCGGCGGGCGAAUGGGGUGUCGCGGAAGGGGUUCUAACGACGCUUGUAACCGCUGCCACCGGGAACGAAAAGAUCUGCCGGCGCCUCCUUCGGGUCGGGCUGGAUCAGCUCAUCGACGCCGCGGAAGAUAGCAAUCAUACGAGCAGCUACGGUACCGUGCAGGAUGAGCCCGCCAGCAUCACAAAGUUGAGCGGCCCCAAGCACGCUGGACAUCGCUCUAAGACCUCCGUUUGGGGGGAGACUCCUCCUCCUUCUGCCCCUCCUGGCGAGGGCGGCCAGGGAAUGACAAAGAAAAUCAAGUGCCUGCCAGCGAUGCCAGGGGUGGCGCACGCCUGCCCAUUGCCGGGGCCCCAGUCGGCCGCUGGUCCACCACGCGGACCGGCGACCGAUGGGGAGCUCGGGCUGGACAAGAUCGACGAAAUAGGAGUGGACGGCGUCCUUCGAGAAGACUCUGAGGCGCUGGCGCUAAGGAUGCAAGCGGAGUCGAGGGAGACAUGCUCCGCGCUAGCGACGAGCCUGCUCCAGGCACUUGGGCCGUUCAAUUACGUGAGUAAUAAGCUAGCCAACCGAGGUCUCUCCGUGAUGUGA